UGGAAUCCUAAUGAUUUCAUCUACACAUCAGAAUCGUGGAAUUCAACUUAGUGCGAUGGCGUCACCAACUCUCUGGCCAUCCAGCCAAUCCCUUGCUCAGACCCACAGAUCAAUGCAAGGCAUACCCUUCAAGCUCAGUGGUAGUUUUCUGUGGUAGCUUCAGUUGUGCUUGAGAGGUCGAACGGAAAAGUCAAACCCCGGAAAACUUCCAACUGAUCAUUCUCAGAACACAAAUCUUCUUCUCAGUGAAAAUCUUCUCCAACCAGUCAACCACUGACUUUCCCAAAAAUAAUCACCGGAGAAUCCAAUUGGAUUAUGAACUAAGUUUAACUAUUUCUCAGUGCAUUGAGAACUGAUCAACAAAGUUUCCAGAAGACAAUUUGUAGCACAUCCCCUUAAGUGAAAUCUUUUGUCCAAGAAACAAUAUCUGCUGCAUUAACCUUCAUAUUUGCAAUACAAAUACGAAAAAAGCGAAAUCAAAAUGAAUUGUGCAGAGUUCAGAAAGCGAGGUGCAGAAAUGGUAGAGUACAUCUGCAAAUAUUUGGAGACCCUUGAGAAUCGUCGAGUUGUGCCAAGUAUUGAGCCUGGCUACUUGAAGGAAUUAAUUCCCGAUGAAGCACCUAUGUACCCCGAACCUUGGGAAGCAGUCAUGGAUGAUGUAGAGAGGAAGAUAAUGCCAGGAAUGACUCACUGGAAUCAUCCGCACUUCCAUGCGUACUUCCCAUCUGGGAAUUCCUUUCCUUCGAUUCUUGCGGACAUGUUGGGCGAUGCCAUUGGGGUCAUUGGAUUUUCAUGGGCAGCUGGACCAUCUCUAACCGAACUGGAGGGAAUUGUCAUGGAUUGGCUGGGAAAGGCAUUGGGUUUGCCCAGUUUUUUCUUGGGUCAGGUGCCUGGAAGUAAAGGUGGCGGAGUGCUUCAGGGAUCAGCAUCAGACUGUGUUCUGGUGGUAAUGUUGGCUGCCAGAACACAUGCGGUCAGACAAUUGAAGAAACAAUAUCCGGAUGAAGAUGAAAGCCAUCUUCUGGCUAAACUUAUGGCUUAUUGCUCCAGAGAAUCGCACAGUUGUGUGGAAAAAGCAGCAAUGAUCUCCUUCGUAAAGUUAAGAAUCUUAGAACCAGAUUCCAAGAGCAGCCUACGCGGUGAUACAGUGGCCAGGGCUUUGAAGGAAGAUGAGAAAAACGGACUAAUUCCGUUUUUCAUCUCAACAACUCUGGGGACAACUGGAUCUUGUGCUUUUGAUAACCUAGAAGAAAUCGGGACUGUACUCCAAGAUUAUCCGGAAGUUUGGUUCCAUGUUGAUGGAGCUUACGGAGGAAGUUCUUUCGUCUGUCCCGAAAUGAGAUAUCUCAUGAAGGGUAUUGAAUAUGCAGAUUCCUUUAAUACGAAUCCCAACAAGUGGAUGCUCACGAGCUUCGAUUGUUCAGCCCUUUGGGUUCGUGAUCGGAUUCGACUGACGUCUGCUCUUGUGGUCGAUCCAUUGUAUCUAAAACAUGGACAUUCCGAUACUGCUAUUGAUUUACGUCACUGGGGUGUUCCUCUGAGCCGACGUUUUCGUGCUCUCAAACUCUGGUUCGUCUUUCGCAGCUACGGAAUAACCGGAAUUCAAGCGUACAUUAGACGCCAUUGUAGAUUGGCCAAACGUUUCGAACAGAUCAUUUUGCGGGAUGACAGAUUUGAAAUUUGCAACGAAGUCAAGAUGGGCUUAGUAUGUUUCCGGCUCAAAGGAUCUGAUAAGUUGAAUGAAAAACUACUGAGCAAUAUCAAUGCUUCUGGUAAAAUUCAUAUGGUUCCAGCCAGUGUGAAUGAACAGUACGUCAUUCGCUUCUGCGUCAAUGCAGAAAAUUCCACAGACGAUGAUAUUGACUAUGCAUAUGAAGUAAUUAGUGACUAUGCAGCUGAAACUCUUGAGAAGGAUCAAGCGGAUGAACUCACAGAAAUCAGGGAUCGUAAGAAUAAGGAAACACUCGCCCAGAAACGUUCAUUCUUCGUCCGAAUGGUCAGUGAUCCGAAAAUAUAUAAUCCGGCUAUUAAUAAGUCGGGAAUACCAAGAAUAUCCACUGAAGCCAUGUCUCCGACCAUCCCUGGAGCCCCAAUGAUUCAGACACCCAACAAUACUUCGUCAUGGAUCAGCUGGCCAUUGGCUUUCCUCUUCCAAUCAUCCGACGAUGGACCAAAAUUGAGAUUCCGUCAUUUAGACACAACAGUUGGCUUGCCAAAUUCCCGCAGGAAUUCAGCCACCGGCGGUGGAUCAUCUCCAUCACCUGAGAAUGAACUGGCCAUAACAACAACACGUUCUCCCAAAAGAUCUCCGAUUCUUUCAAGGAAGAAGAAUAAUGCUGGCGCCAAAAAUGGAUUGGAUCCAUAAAUGACAUUCGAAGAGCACAAAAAUAUUCCAGUAAAUCUUUAGUGUCCCAAAAAACAAGCAAGUUAUAAAUCACGUAACAAUUCAAAGAAAAAAAAAACAUUAGAAAAUUAGCAAGAUAUACAAAAAAAUAACAGGAAUUUAGAAAUUACAAAAAUAUUUGAAAUUGUGACCAAACAAAUUUAGAAAAAUUAACAUUUUGAAUCUCUUUUCGCGGUCUCUUUAUCCGUCAACCAGACAAUUUCUGGAGAGGAAAAAAGAAGGCUCAUUCAAACAUUGUAUUUAUCGAUAGAACAAAAAUGCCAUGAGUAAAAGAAUAAAUACAGAGAACAAAUAGAAAAA